CGAAAGCGUGUUCCUUCUAAAUCAGUAGUGACUUGCUACGUCCCUCGCAGACGCUCUCGAGAGUGUUCUCUCUCUCUUUUCAACCGCCUUCGACUCCGCCAGAUCAAAUAUUCUGCCGGAGCUUGUGCUUUCCGUCAAUUCCUUCUCGCGAGUCGUCACCGAUCGACGAUUCCCACUGCUACAUUCGGGUAUAGCUUAAAUGGAGGACUACAAUGGAAAGGUGAAAGGUUCGAGUCAAAAGAGGCUGAGAAAGUUCAAAAGUCUUGAAUUUGUAGGAUGGGGUUCGAAAAAUCUCAUUGAGUUUCUCGAAUCACUUGGUAGAGAUACCACAACCAAAAUUUCUGAGUACGAUGUUGAAGAGAUUGUAAGGAAAUAUAUUCGGGAGCAAAACCUUGCUGCAAAUCCUUCGGAGAAGAAGCAGAAGAAGGCAAAGACAUUAGUUUGCGAUGAUAAGCUGCGUUUGCUUUUCGAGAGUCGGAAGAUAAACAUAAUCAAACUCCCUGAUCUGGUAGCCAAGCAUUAUGUUGAGAAUCAGGACGACUACUCAUACUACUUCAGCGCAGAGGAUGAUGAACAACAGAGAUUGCCUCCAUCAGAUAAGAUUGCUAAACAGACGAAACAGGCUGUGCAAAAGCCUAAAGGAACUAUUGCCGCAAUAGUGAGCGAUAACAUCAAGCUUCUGUAUUUGAGGAAGACUUUAGUCCAGGAACUAGCAAAGAUCCCUGAAACAUUUGAGGGUAAAGUGAUGGGAACUUUUGUGAGGAUCAAGAAUCCAUGUCAGCUUGUUCAAGUGACAGGUGUGAAGGAGGGAAAUCCGAUUGAUGGUCAUUUUCUUCAGGUUACAAAUUAUUCGUAUUAUCUAAAAGACGUUCCUUCCACUGCCUUAUCGGAUGAUGAUUUCACUCAGGAGGAAUGUGAAGAAUUGCACCAGAGAAUAAAGAAUGGCAAUGUAAAGAGACUUACAGUUGUGGAUAUGGAAGAAAAAGUUCGAAGUUUGCAUGAAGAUGUGACAAAACAUUGGCUUGCGAGAGAGCUUGUAUUGUUGCAAAGGCGUAUUAAUCAUGCCACUGAAAAGGGAUUGCGAAGAGAAUAUCCUUUUUAUGUGGAUAAAAGGGAGCUUCUUCAGAAUUCAGAAGAACAGUCGAGGCUAUUGCUUGAAGUUCCAGAAGUUGUUGCAGAGGAGCUUGAACCUGAAUGUGUAGAUGAUGAUGGGAAGAUAGAAACUGACUUCAUGGAAACAAACCCCGAGGCAUCCAUUGAGGUUCGUCAAAGUAACGAAGAACAACAGCAAGUAAUUGAUUCACCAGUUUCUAGUGUCCAGAAAACUCCAGAAAUUUCCAAGCUUUGUGAUGGAGAAGAAGAGCCAACAUGGAAUGCUUCUGCAGGUGACAAAGAUCUCCACGAAGAUGUGGAGGAGCAAACAACAGCAAAUGACAUCAUCGCAGAGAACAAUGAGGAACCUCAAGCUCAAUCAAAUCCAGUGGAGAUUAUAGAAUUGAGCGAUGGUGAUGGGGAGGACAAUGACGAUGGAGCUUACAAGCAGUACGAUCCAAAGCAGAAGAUGUGGUGCUAUGAACUCCCCAAAGGAAAAACAAAUGGACCAUUCUCUCUCACAGAUCUCAAAAAAUGGAGCGACCAAGACUUCUUUGCUGAAUUUCCAGAUUUUAAAGUCUGGAUGUCAGGAAGCAGCAUCAGAUCUGGAGUGUUGCUGACCAAACUUCUACCUCAUGUCGAAGCCUAAAUUGAAACAAGUUGGGAAAAAGCUUAGAUUUCUUGAGAUUGACAAAAAAUUGUUUAUUUCUUCGCUAGAAUUUGCAGUUGGAAAGUAAAUAGAGCUUUAUGUACACAAUGCAAAGAUCCUGAGCAAGAAGCUUUACUGUUAGAAGUCCCCUGCUUCCUCAUCCUAAAAAGAGUUAUGAGUUUUGUUGCAAACAGAGAGCACCAGUUUCUCACCAUCACUCAUUUUGUUAAUUUUACUUCAGGUUUCAGAUUAUUCCUACAAGAUGUUCCUUCCUCUGUCCUUAUCAGAUUGUUAACAAAAUAUAUAAUCUCUGAAGUUCAUGAAGAAACACAGUAAUUAACAAUCCUCAAAUCUAAAGAGAGAAAUAAAAAGAUGGAAGAGAAUCUCAGAAAACGAUUCUUGCGCAUGGAGGAGACUCCUAAUCCCUGCCGCUGGUCGGAGCUCCCUAUGGACAUCUUGAGAUCUGUGUUCGAACGUUUGAACUUUGUGGGUUUCCACCGUGCUAAGAUGGUGUGUCUGAAUUGGCAUAUGUGCUCGAAACAAGCGGUGCGGCCAAAAGUCGGACCUCCGUUGCUGAUGCUGUCCCCAGAAGAUGACGGUUUUCGUGUGUACAGCCCAGAGGAAGAUAGGGUUUACGAGACGAAGAGAGGCUUUUCAGGGUAUCGAUUCCUUGGAAACUCGGGUAAGU